GCCAGUAUCAUUAUUAGUAUAUAGUUCUUUGUUGAUUGUGUAUCUACUUUAUGUGUAACUAUGAAGCAACAUUCAGCGGCAAGCGUAACCGAUCAGUGAACAUCUAUAACAUUGCUGCACGCAAUCCAGCAACGACGUGAACUGUUUACUAUCACAGUCCCGUUAGGCCGUAAACAACGAACCGCAUCGGGCGUUCGGGUACAAUCUGUAAUCCAUUCCGCAAAGGGAACAGCAUCAUCGUGGAGUCCGACGAGGCAAUUUUUAUGGAACUGGUGGAACUGCAGAAUGGUCAAACUGCAGCCGUACUGGAUUUGGACUUUUGUCGACUGUGUCUUGGCCGUGACGGAACCGAGCUGAUCUCGGUGUUCAGCGAAAGCGUUAACGAAGCCGGCAAGGAGCCUCUGAAUGUACGAAUCCAUCGGUUUUUCGAAGUGCAGAUAGUUGAGACUGACAUCCUUCCGACGCACAUUUGUCAGUUGUGCUUGUUACAAACGGAAAGUUGCUCGGAUUUUCGAGACAACUGCAUCCGAAAUGAGCGAAAGCUGCAGGAGUUGAUUGCCGUCCAGGAGCCUGUUGUCAAUCCAGAGCCGGAAUGCGAGCCGGAAGAUGUUUCCUCAACGAAACACGAGGAUUCUACGGUGGAAAACGAAAGCGUCGAUGCUGAUGACGAAGAGGAGGAACCUUCGGAAACGAUCGUUGUCGAUCCGACGAAAGACUAUGAAAGUUCGAAUCAAAGUUUGCAGGAACUUUUUUCCGACGAUGACGAAAAUACGGAUGGUUUGGGGUUGGACGAUGUCAUCGAAGAAAGCCUCAAAAUAGCAGCCCUACAUGAUUCUUCGGAAGAUUUAAUGGAAGAGGACAGUAAGCUGAAAAAGGUGGUGCAUAUGUGCAAGUAUUGUGAUGUGGCUUUUGCCAUGUCGAAUGCGUGCUACGUGCAUGAGACUCAGGAUCACGACCUGCUGGCACCGUACGCUUGUCAGUUCUGCGAGUUUAAAACCAUUAACCGAAGCAUUCUGAUUACACACAUCCGUGAUGUUCACGGGAUCGACAGGCCGUACAUUUGCAUUCAGUGUAACAAAGGUUUUCACCGGAGGUCGGACUUGAAGAAGCACACGUUCGUUCACAGUGGGGUUCGACCGUUUGCUUGUCACGAGUGUGGUAAAAGUUUUUCCAGAAACACCAAUUUGACGAAACACCUGAGAAUUCAUUCGGGUUUCAGGCCGCACAUUUGCAACACUUGCCCCAGGUCAUUUGCCAACAAAGCCGAUUUGGUUCGUCACCAGAACAUUCACAUGUCCUUAGGGAAGCAGUUCUCUUGUAGCAAAUGCAACAAUACGUACGCUCGGAAGGAUAAACUUCUGAGCCACGAGAGGAUUUGCUACGCAAAACAGCAACAGCAGACAACCCAGAGCAUGACCGCUUCCGGUGGAACAACUACAACGACAAUGACGAAAGCAGAGUUCGAUGCCGAAAACAUGGUCAUCGCUUUAGAUCCGUACCAGGAAAUCGACCAACCCCCAACCGAAGACGAUCCAGGCAUUCCAAACGCUGCUCCGAUUUCGGCCAUAUCGAAAUUCUCCAACAUUACGAUGCCACUUGGCCGGCCAAAUGCGUCACCAACGCUGCAGGCCAAGUUCUUCACCUGUCACAAGUGUCCGAAGAGAUUCCUAUCGAAGAACACCCUUCACACGCACCAGCUGAUCCACUCGGACGUUCGCAACUACCGAUGCCAUACGUGCGACAAAAAAUUUAUCCGAAAGCGAGAGUUGGACCGCCAUAUGAACGCCGUCCACAGCACCCUGAAGCCGUUCGAAUGCAAACAAUGCUACAAACGAUUUUCUCGAAAAGAUAAACUGCUACGCCACGAGCGCGUACAUCGAUCCGAUAAAUUCUUCGCUUGUACAGCAUGCGAUGCAAAAUUCCUCCGGAAGGAAGCGCUGGCGAUUCAUUCGAAAAUUCACUGCACCGCAUCGGCAGCAGCAGCGGCGGCGGCGGCCGCAACAACGACGACGAUGACGACCGCCUUUCCAGCGACAGACCACUAUCCAUCACCUUCGUCGUCAUCCGAGGUGAUCAUCAUGAUCGAUCAGGACCAACAGGAUCAGCUCCUGAUGGAGCACAUGCUGUCGUACGCGGCGGACGACGUCGGACUGAGUGCGGCUUCCAUUGCGACCGCCGCGGCGUUUAUGUGAGAUGUGAGUUGUAAAAAUUAUGGUAACGUAACUGUGUAAUCUCAUUAUGGACGCGAUCAUGGCGUGAAUGUCGACGGUGAGAGAAAUCCGUAUACUAGAGUAUUAGGCGUCUAGAGAGUAAGGAAGGUAUUUAUCAUUGCUAUCGAAAUCUAGAAAUAAUAGAAUAAGUCAAA